UGUUAACAUCUCUGGUAGACACUCUCAAGAUGUUGCUUCUUGUAGUAACACUGUGUCUAGAGCUGUAGAAAUUGAAACAUCUGAAGACAGUGAUGAAGGCAUGGAUGACAUGUCAGAUGGCUUAGUAAUAGAAUCAUCUCAGUCACUGUCAUUUCUCCACAAUUUUGAAGUCAUCACACAGUCUCAUCCUACUUGUCUUGUUCUAUAUGCUAUUUACAAAAGUAAAACAGACCUUAUCCACCAUCUGAAGAUGUAUGCUAUCACAAACCACUUUCAAUACAGAACAAAGACCUCUAGGAAAAUAUCUUUACAUGUUAUUUGCUUAGAUCCAAAAUGUCGUUGGACUGUUCGAGCUGUAAGACUACCUGGCGUACAAAUGUUUCAAAUUAGAAGAUUCUGUCCAGAACACACAUGCUCUAUUGAUUAUAGACAAGGCAAACAUAGACAGGCAACUGCUACUGUGAUAGCAAAACUUAUUGCACACAAAUACCUUGAUGCUUCCAAUAAACCGUACCCACCAAAACAAAUUCGUGAAGACAUGAGUAUGCAAUAUGGAAUUUCCAUGUCAUACAAAAAAUCUUGGAAAGCACAGAAGAAAGCAAUGCAG